UUCAGCCGUCGAGGCAUGCACCUUACCUUUAUGCGCGCACAGCGCUGGAAAUCAUGCGGAUAAAGUGGGAAAACGUCGGGGAUGCUGUGAAGUCUCUUCUCCCCGCUGUCUGGGUCGCUCUGAGCGUCUGUUCCGCGGCUGUCCGCGGACAGCAGGGUAAUGGCUGUGGACACACAGUGCUGGGAGUGGAGUCUGGCACCGUCGCCUCCCAGAACUACCCAGGCACCUACCCCAGUAACACCUGGUGCACGUGGAGGCUCCGCGUGCCGGAGGGCCGGUCGCUGCUGCUGCUUUUCGGAGAUUUUGACGUUGAGAGCAGUCCCGGCUGCGGCAACGGCUCUUUGCUGAUCACAGAUAAAACUGGACAAAGCAUUCUGGGUCCAGCGUGCGGGAAACUUAGUGCGGCACAAAAAAAUAUAACGCUCCAGAGCAAUGAAGCGACCGUAACGUUCAGGUCAGGCCCGCACCGGUCUGGACGAGGGUUCCUGCUGUCCUACGCCACAGAGCAGUAUCCAGACCUUAUUUCCUGCGUCCGCCGAGGAUCUCAUUUUAACUCGCAGCAUUUGAGGGUUUACUGCCCCGCUGGAUGCAGGAAUGUAACGGGCGACGUCUGGGGGAACGCUGAAUCCGGCUACAGAGACACCUCGGUCCUGUGCAAGUCGGCGGUCCAUGCUGGAGCCACGUCCGACAGUCUGGGAGGUCGCAUCACUGUGAAUCGGGAGAAAAGCCUGACGCUUUACGAAUCCACGUUCGCGAAUGGAAUCCUGUCUAAAACGGGAUCUUUAUCAGAGAAGAAGUUGCUGUUCAGCCAAGAAUGUAAAAACAUCCUGCCUGUGUCUGGUUUAAACGCCUCGUCUUUCUGGGAUAAGAACGGUGCAGAGCACAGGAUGUUCUGGUCCCCGAGAAACAUGGACCGCAGCCACGAGUUCCUCCUGUGGGCAGCGGACAGCGCCGAUCCCAACCCGUGGGUGGAGAUGGAGCUGAGCGACAGAAGCACCAUCACCGGAAUAUUGACAAUGGGAUCAAAUGAGUACUACAUAAAAACCUACGUUCUCCUUUUUAGCAAAGACAGAAAGAACUGGAAGCUUUACAGAGGCGCUCUGAGCAAAGAGAAGAAGGUGUUCGAGGCCUACACCGACGGCCACCUCAGGGUGCUCAACAGCCUGCUCCCUCCUGUGGUGGCUCGGUUUGUUCGCCUGCAGCCGCUCACCUGGCACGGCAGGGUCUCCGCCCAGCUCCGAGUUCUCGGCUGUCCUGUUGCAAAGGUCACGCCGAGGUCACGUUCAUCCGGAGAGUCUCCGUCCAUCAAAGUUAGCGUGGGCACAUCACGCCCAGACCCAUCCACGGCCUCCACAGAGGGACCGGUGUUAGUGGAAACAACACACAGCUCCAGCCAGCCGGCGAUGGUGGCGGUGGGCGUGGUCCUGGGCCUGAUAAUGUGCGGGAGCUGUUUGUUGGUUGGAAUCUGGUGGAGGCGAAGGAAAAAAGAUUCACAGCUGAAGUACUCGUUGCCCACAAGUUGUCAGAGUUUCAAAGUGAAAAGUCCUCCCUGCUCACAGUCGGAGCUCAUCUCCUAUCCCCUGGAGCGAAAUGUCCAUGAUGCACUGCCGAACCCCCCCCUCAACGACUACGCCGAGCCGGCUCUGACGGCGCUCGGGCAGAAGGUGGGCUCGACCUUCAGGCCGUCCUCCAGCGAGGGCUACACCACUCCCUUCACGUGCAGCCACUACGACACUCCCGGCAGCGUGCCGGAGUACGCCGAGCCCCUCCCCCCGGAGCCCGAGUACGCCACGCCGUUCAGCGAGCAGCCGCCCGAGCCCAAGCCGCCGGCCCUGAUGGGGACGGGCCACGGGUGCCGCGCCCCGGCCGCCCCGGCGCCGGGCCACGGCCAGUACGACUGCCCGUCGCACCGCAUGCUGUUCAACGGCUACUGCACCCCCGUGCUCCACGCCAGCGGCCCCAGACCGGUCAGCGCCGUGUACGCAGAGCCCACGUCACGGGACUGUCUGCUGCAGAAGCACACUUAUGAAGAGCCUUUGUGAGAACCGCGAGCGCCAACAGAGAGGAAGCGGCCGCUUGAGACUCCAGACGAGCGCGUGGUGUGAUCUGAAGAGGACUCGGAGCUGGACGGCGCGGUCCGGAGCGCACUAAUGCUGGUCAUCCAAUGGGAGCGACGCUACUCUGGACCGCCACACACUCAAGAGCACACACACUGUGACCUGAGAGCCAUAUGGACACAAAUCUUUCCUCCCAGGAAGUAUGUUGGAGAAAAAUGUGCUUUGUUUUUGUUUUUCUCAUGACGCACACAGAAGAGAGGAGCCUGGUUGUGUCUCAGGAGAUCAUGUUUAUUGAUAAAAUCACACUGCACUUUCCAGAAACACAGAAAUGUGACCUUUUCCGUCUAUAUAACAGGUUGAAGAAAACAUGAAUUGUCCUCACAGAGCAUUUUACUCACAAUGUGUAUUUUCUAACAUUUUUUUAUGGAAAGGAUUAAGAAGCACUGAAAAUGAUGCGCUGUGACAGUGUUCAGGAGAAGUUGCAAUGAGUUCAUUUAACCACUAGGUGGCUCCGGUGACCUCCAGAUGUAACGGACACUGUGCUUGUUCUCCUCAUUAACCAUUUGGAAGAGGCGCUGUGAGAUUAUAGAAUAACAUGUUCAAACUCGUACAACAGAAGUACAGCGAGGCAGGGCGCUUUCAGCCUUUCGCAAACACACCAAAGCUGCUGAGAUCCCGACAAACUGCUUUUCUCGCUCGAGAAGAUAUAUCGCAAAGCCUUAAUGUCAAUUGAACAUUUCCAGCAUAUGGCCUUCACGUUAUGUUUUACUGCGCUUCCUCUUCUAAUCUGAACAUCAAUGCCCACAAAUUCCACUGGAUUCUUCCAUUUUUACAUGGAAAACCGUGUUUUUGAAUUGACCGUUGCUAAAUUAUUAAUUGAAUUUGUCACACUGCUGUUCUCAUUUAUUAUGGUCCUGGAAACCUACAGAAAUGUAUAUUUAAUAUAGAAAAUUUGUAAUUUUUUUUUUUUUCCUGUUACAAGGCAUUGUGUAUAAGAAAGGGUCAGCUGCCAGGUUAUUCAGUAAGAAAAUGUUACUAAAGCUUUGUGUCGUCACAGUACAGCAAAGGGUAAUAAGUUUUCCACUGCAGAAUAAGGCACAAUAAAAACGUAUCGACAA